AUGAGCACCGACUUCGGACGCAAGGAUCUGUCUGACAAGAUCGAGGAGAAGGUCACCCCUCAGUCUGCCAAGGGCCCUCUCGACGUUACCAAGGAGCAUGCCACUGGCCACGCCGACCACGUCGCCAGAGACCUCAAGACCGACGACCACAAGUCCACCGGCCAGUCCAUCCACGACAAGGCCUCUCGCUUGACCAGCGGCACCUCCACCACUACUUCCACCGAUGACCACAAGUCUGUCGUCGACAAGAUCAAGGACGCUAUUCCCGGCCUUCACAGCGACAAGCGCUCCGACGUUGCUGAUGUCUUGGACCCCAACACCACCACCACUGCUACCGACGCCGUCAACAAGAACCUUUGA